GGGCAACCGCUAGUGAGACUUAUAAUCUGCGCACGAUUGACUCCUGACUUGACCGCGAUCCAAUCAUGUGGUUAUAAAACUUGACCCAACCAUCGUCAGUCGCAAAAAGGCAUUCGCGCUGUGUGCUUGUGUAUUACGUAAGAAUGACGUUCCCACAUUUGCUGUUGGUGGCAGCACUCGCGGUCGUGGUCUCUGCCAGGAGCACAUUUAACUCUCAACCCGUCUCCCCUGUCAUCACAUCACUCACAGAUAAGGAUGCAAGAACCAAAGCCUCGACACACCCCGCUUUCGCGAACGCAGGGAGACAAGCCGGCGUUGAAGUGUGGAGAAUCAAGGAUUUCAAUCCCGAAGCGGUAUCUCAAAGAGAUUUUGGAAAAUUACACAAAGGAGACUCUUACAUAGUACUAAAGACAACUGCCGACAAACGCAACAAGCUGUCUUGGGACAUCUACUACUGGAUCGGCAGCGAAUCCACGCAAGACGAGUCCGGAGCCGCCGCCAUCUUGACGGUCGGGCUCGAUGACAAGUUUAACGGGGCUGCAGUGCAGCACAGAGAAGUGCUAGGCCAGGAAAGCCAGCAGUUCAAGGAUCUCUUCCCAUCUGGGCUCCAGUACCAGAGCGGGGGCUACGCUACCGGCUUCAAGCAUGUCACCACGAACGCGGGCGCUGACAAGCGCUUGAUCCAAGUGAAAGGGAAGAGAAACGUCAGAGUGAGACAGGUGGACCCCCUAAUCUCCUCGAUGAACAAAGGCGACGUAUUCAUUCUGGAUGUGGACCACGACAUCUACGUGUACGUGGGGGAGAAGGCGAGGAAUGUGGAGAAACUAAAGGCAACUUCAGUGGCGAACCAGAUCAGGGACCAAGACCAUAACGGAAGAGGGAGAGUGGAGAUUGUGGAUCAAUACUCGGGUGACGUGGACGUGCAGAAGUUCUUCACAGCGCUGGGCUCCGGCGCCAGGAACACCGUUCCUGAGGAGAGCGCGGGCGGUGACGACCAGACCUUUGAAAGGAAUGAAGAACAAAACGUGGUACUCUCUGAAGUAUCGGACAGCUCCGGAAAGGUCCAGGUGACCGCUUUACCCAAGCCGUUAAAACAAGAACAGCUGAAACCUCAAGAAUGCUAUAUUUUGGACACAGUCAGCGGCAGCAUCUACGUGUGGGUGGGAAAACAGGCGACUGAAAAGGAAAAGACUGAGGCUAUGAACAAAGCACAAGGUAUCUUCACAUCCAAGAAUUAUCCUUCAUGGGUAAAAGUGACCAAAGUUCUGCAGGGCACGGAGCCCGCAGUCUUCAAACAAUACUUCUUCACGUGGCGCGACAACGCCAUGCAACACAAUAGAGUCAUUUAGAUUUAAAACUGGCCCGUGCUUUAGUCCAAGAAAAAAAUACUCAAAAAUGGUAAUGAAUCAACAAUAAUGUUUUUGUGUUAAAAAAUAGACAAUAAAUCAAUGAAAUGUAUGUAAAAAUUAAUGAAAUAAAUGUACCUUAUUGUAAGUAUAAUAUACAUUUAUCAUGACAAAUAAAUAUAUAAAAUUACUUUCUUA